AUGCGGAGCCUCUUCGGCCGCAAGGCAGUCGAGCCUCCGAACCGGGGCGCCCCGGCCGACGACACCCCGCCGCCGCCCAGCUCCGCCCCCCGCGGGAGCGUCACCUCCAGCGGCGGCGCCGAAGCCUCGCCCUCCGCCGUCGCGCCCCGCUACUCCUUGUCGACGAUCCUUCGCCUGCGAGGCCUGAGCCCCGGCGAGAGCGAUAGCGUCGGCGCCGAAGGAGGCCCCUCGGCCGAAAAGUUCAAGGGGGAAAGGGCCCGCUCCCUCCUCAUGGUAUUACUACUCAGGGAAGAAGUGCCCCUGAGCGUGUGCAGAGCGCAGUGCCCUCAAAGAACUCGUGAGAGGGCGCCAUUUCAUGGGGCUUGAGGCCAGAGAGGAUGGGGGCAGGCUUCCCUCUCGCCCUCUUCCUCCUCCUCGGAGACAUUCUGCCACCUGAGGCAGAGCCCAGAAUGGCGCCCGCCUUCCUACCUGGGAAGGAGGCCUGAAGGGAGAUGUGCUUCAGGAACCCAGGGAGUGGGGGGAUAAAGAUUUGCGCCUGCUGGUCCUGCCUUGUGAGGUGGGCGCUUCGCCUCACGGGCGAGCCAGCUCCGCUUUUUCAAAGGGAAGAGAAACACGUCUCCGUACCUGCUUUUGGGGAUGCUGGCUUUGGCCCCUGGCCAGUAUCCUGCCCAUCCUUUCGUGGCUCUGCUGAUGCUGACGUUUCCACCUUACGGUCUUCUCCAGGCCUCCCGAAACGCAGAUGCAACUUUAUUUUGAAAUGUAAAGAAAUUUUGACGCGUGCUCGCCAUUCCUACAGAAAAGAGCCCCCUUCUCUACAUCAAAUUGCAGGCAUAGAGACCAUAGACCAGAGCGCUCAAUACGUGCAUUCGCUGGUUUUGUGGAAAGGGGUGCAAGGGAGAGAAACUUGGCACCCCUCGACUCCACAAGCUUGGGCGAUGCUAUAAGAAAGGGGCUCUUUACGUGUGUAGGCUUUGUAUGUGCAACUGGCGCAUGGAAGAGCCUACACCCGUCCGUGUGUAGAGGUCGAUUCGCACCCAUGUGCUGAGGUUACGGGGUGGGCCAGUGUGCAGGUACCUGCUCCCUUCUCCUCAAAUCCAAGCAACAUAAUUUUGAAGGUGUGGAUGGGGCCCUUGAGAAGCAGAACUUCCAUAGUCCAGCAUUCCACCCUUUCUGCAUCUCGGCUAUGUCUGUGCUAGAAUGCUGGCUUCUAUUAUGACGUAAAUUCAUUUUGUCUGUCUGGUGCAAAAGUGCCUGCUUUUUAGAUGUUUCUUCUAAACAGUGUGCCGUGGUUUAAGUACAUGCCAAAUCCCAGAUUUUUGGGUGUCUUGGAAGUACCUUGAUUAUCAAAUCCCCCAAGCAAAUGUCCUCCCUUCAGUUUUUUUUCUUUGAUGGAGCCCAGCCUCUGCUUUGGGCGCUGUUUGUGCCUAAUUUCAGCUUCCUAGCUAGUACUAGAAUAACAAUCAUGUUGGGAUAAAUGUCACUCCUCUUCCCAGUUAAAUCUAUAUUUGGACAUCGGAAUUUACACUCUGUUCAGAAGAUGGAGGCCUUGCCUAUAGACCUGUGAUCUUGAGUGUGUAGCCCCAGAACUACGAGGUCCAAAUUGUGAGCCCUAAUAUUUACUUUGCUUUAAGAACUACUAUUAAAGCUCCUGUCGCAUACAUUCUAAGUCAAAAGGUGUGAGAAGUUUGUUGAGCAAUGGAAAGAUUCCACUCCCAACACAUUUUAGUUCCUUUAUGUCAGUUCAUCCACAUAUCCCUUCUGGAUGCCCUGUCGGCCCACCUGCUAGAUUAAUGUGACUCAAAUUUUGGGAGUCAGUGUCUUUGGCCAUACUGCAGGCGUUCAAUUUAGUGUGUCAUAUCCGAAACUAGGUGAAAUGAGUUACAUGCCAUGUAGAUCAAAUGUUCUAAUUAUGUGCAAAGCUAAGUUGCUUCAGGUUGCAGUAUCUACUAUUUUUAGUUAAUUGCAGAACCUAAUUUUCCAUUUUUUUAUAGAUGUUAAUGAGAAAUCAGAAGGCAUCUGAAGAAUCAACGGUUAAUCGGUACCUUGAUGUACAUAAUUUAAUUCCUUGUGGUGAUGUGGUACGUAGAUUAAGUAUGUUCACAUUAUUAUUUUUCCAUAGAAUUUUCCUUUUUACAGGAGAUACUUUGCCUGUUAGUUACUAUGAGACUGCAAAUAAGUUUUGAUGACUAAGCUAGGGAAUGAGAUUUUCUUUGAGAAGUCGCCUUACUUUCUCCUUUCGUUAGACUGUUAAUACCUUCUUAUAAAUACUAAUAGCCUGGUCUCAGAUACAUUAGGUUAUCAUACAGUAUAUGCCUGUGAUGCAGUUAUAAAGGCACUGGUGUAACUUUGUAGUGCUUCAUUGUGAUUCUCAUAGUGUUAACCUAGCAUAGAGCUUCAAGUCUUGGGCUGGAAAUUGUAUGAACAAGUAAGCAACAUGGGUAACAUAAGUAACAUUUUUCUUCUGCUUCUUGGAACCUAAAAAGAACUUAGCCACAUUUGGUGUUGUUUAAAAAAGUAAAAACUGAUGUACACCACCACCUCAUGCUACAACUGACAUUAGAAAAAGGCUUCCAUUGGUCUCAUGAAAAAUCACCUCCAUUUCAUGGCUGCAUUUGUUCUUACGAAAAAAAUUUGCAACUCCCCCAUUUACAUAUGUUCGGUAUGUGUGCAACUGUGCACACGGGCAUAUUUGUGACUGAAAAACAUCACAAAAAGGGGCAGAACAGGGUGUUUGCGGGGGUUUUCCUGUGGUGUUUCAAAUAUACGGUAUAUGAUUUCACUGAUGUAUGCAGUAUCUCAGAAUGUAAAUGGGGAGGGGGGUGCCUGAAAAGAAGGCAAGAGUAUUGAGAUGUGGCACAGACCAGUAUCUCAAAUUAAGAAGGAGAUGACGGUUGAAUAAAACCACCUAAUGUGAAGGACCAUCCUGCUUAUUCUCUGUUAAGGGUGGAAGUACGUACGGAUAUCAAGAAACAUGUAGAUGCACCAAAUUUCAAUAUGAAUUGCACUUCUAAAUGAGGUCUGACGUACCUGAAAAUUCCAUAAAUUCCAAGGCUGAAAUCUUAUGCUUACUAAGUCAUGCUGAAAUAUGCAGAGGAGCAUGCUUCUAUCUUGUCAUCAUGUUGGAACAUAAAUCAGUGAGCUUAUCUUAUCACAUACACCCAAUGCACAGAACACUGAAGCAUUUGAUUUCAGGAAAAAAACCGUAGAUAAUUCCAGGAAUUUGCCCUAUACCUUAAAGCUUGUGUGUAACUGCAAUGUGCUUUUUAUAAGUUGUGGUUUUAAUAAAGUUAAUUUAGUCAUAAUAUAACAUUUCAUAUUCUAAUAGAAUGGCUUGUUGGCAGUUAGUGUGAAGCAGUGCAAAGAUUUCACCCCCAAAUGUAUCCUUUUUCUGUUCUAUUAACCCUGCAGUGGGAAGCAUCUGGUAAGCCUAUUUAGAUCUUUGAUGAUCUCUGGUGAGCUAGGGACAAAGGUGAAAGCUGUAUCCUAGUUCUGCUGGAUCUCUCAGCAGCCUUUAAUACCAUCGACCACGACAUCCUUCUAGACUGUCUACAGGAGCUGGGGGCACUGUUAUACAGUGGUUCCGCGCCUUCCUCCUGGGUUGUGUUCAGAAAGUGGUGUUGGGGGAUGAGUGUUCAGACCCCUGGGCUCUCGCUUGUGGGGUGCCUCAGGGUUCCUUCUUCUCCCCCAAGCUUUUUAACAUCUACAUGCAGCCGCUGGGAGAGAUCAUCCUGGGGUUUGGACUGGGUGUUCAUCAGUAUCCAGAUGAUACCCAGCUCUACCUCUCUUUUAAAUCGGAACCAGUGAAGGCGGUGAAGGUCCUGUGUGAGUGUCUGUAGGCAGUUGAAGAAUGGAUGGCGGCUAACAGAUUGAGGUUGAAUCCUGACAAGACAGAAGUACAGUUUUGGGGGGACAGGGCAGGUGGGUAUGGAGGACUCCCUAGUCCUGAAUGGGGUAACUGUGCCCCUGAAGGACCAGGUGUGCAGCCUGGGAGUCAUUUUGGACUCACAGCUGUCCAUGGAGGUGCAGGUCAAUUCUGUGUCCAGGGCAGAUGUCUACCAGCUCCAUCUGGUAUGCCAGAUCGGCGGGGUAUUGAUGAUGAGGAUGAUGAUGAUGAUGAUGAUAAUAAUAAUAAUAUAACUAGGGAAAUGAUGCCUAGGAAAUCGCUCCCACAGCACCACUGCUCCAGUCAAAUUUGGAGCCCCCACAGAUACAAACACUGGGAAAUCUGAACAUGGAUCUCUAUAUGUUACCUGCUUUAACCUUUAUUCCCAUUGCUGUCAAUGAGACUUAUAGAUACAAGCUGCUAACUAGAUGUUGUAACUUGCUGCUCAUAAUUUUCUUUAGCACUAUUACUCAAUGCACAUCUUCCUUUUAUGGUCACUUGCCCACCAGAAAGAUUUAUGCUUCCUUAACAUGAGAUUCUUUCAGUUGAUGUUAAACAUGACACCUACUUACUGAUUCGCAUUAGCAUUGAUAAAAUCAUGAAAUGCACAAAUCCCCAAGUCUUCCGACCAAGCAAGAAGCAAAUUCCAAUUAAUUUCGGAGAUGUGAGAUAUUUUUCUCUGAAGGUAUGUUUCUGCUUUUGUUGUACUUCAAUCUUCUUAAAGCUACCUGUCUGAGAAUCUUAGUAGCUAUUAUUGAUAGAACUGCUGUGAUGUCAGAGAGGUCAUAAGUGUGGGGAAGUGGCGGAGGACAGGACUCUUGUGCUUUUAUUCAGGGCUGGCCCAUGACGUUUUGGCAAGUGAGGCAAACCACAAAAUGACGCCUCCCCACCCACCAGGGAAGAAGGGGGGAGCGGAGGUUUACAUCAGGAAUGGGCAGGCUAAAGUUCUACAUUGGGAACAAGGGGGGAGCAAAGAUGUGCUCUGGGGACAAGCAGGAAGAGCAGCGGCAGCAACAGAAGGCCAUGCAUUCCUUUUAGGCCACAGUGAUCCAUGCGACGGUCACCUCCAGGCUUGACUACUGUAAUUCGCUCUACGCGGGGCUGCCCUUGAAGCUGUCCCAGAAACUCCAGCGGGUGCAGAAUGCUGCAGCGAGGCGCCUCACGGGGUCUCUGCCAUGGGAGCAUAUUCACCCAAUUAUUAUUAUUAUUAUUAUAUUAUUAUUAUUAUUACAGUGCUUUUCAAGCUGCACUGGCUCCCGGUGGAGUACAGGGUCAGAUUUAAGGUGCUGCUUUUGACCUUUAAAGCCCUUCACGGCCUGGGACCCUCGUACCUAUGGGACCGCCUCUCCCAGUACGCCCCACAGAGAGCCUCAAGGUCCAUAAAUAGCAACACCCUAGUGGUCCCAGGCCCUAAGGAAGUUAGAUUAGCUUCAACCAGAGCCAGGGCCUUUUCAACACUGGUGGAACGCUCUGCCUCAUGAGACCAGGGCCCUGCAGGAUGUGAUUUCUUUACGCAGGGCCUGUAAGACAGAGUUGUUCCACCUGGCCUUUGGCUUGGAGCCAAUUUGAUUCCCUCCCCCUCUUUCUUUUUUCUUUUUCCUUUCUCCUGUGAUGAGGCUGCAUUUUAAUAUUUUAAUGUUUCAAUAUUUUAAUGUUGUAUUUUAAUGUUUUUAAGUUGUACUCAUUCAACUUGUUUUUAUUAUUGCUUGUUAGCCGCCCUGAGCCUGGUCUUGGCUGGGGAGGGCGGGGUAUAAAUAAUAAUAAUAAUAAUAAUAAUAAUAAUAAUUAUUGGCACGAUCUGCUGCCCUGCAGAUCCUGCUACCAGAGGUGGUUGUUUCACCCUGCCUCAUGGAUGGGUCAGCCCUGCUUUAUUAGUUGUGCAGAAAAGGGAGUUCCAGGAGGUGUGCCUUGCAUAAGAAACUCCACCUGCUGAAGUACCUUCUGCACAGCUAUUAAAGGUAUAGGGACCCUGUGCUCUUCUGUUGACCACUCCAUAGGGGAAGCUUGGAAGCUUAAGUAGAUAAUCUUGUUUGUUUUAUUUCACAACAUAAAUAGGAUGGGACUGAAAAGAUGGGGUAGGGCCCUGGCAUUUUUGGACUUGGCUGUCUAGGUCAGCCAAAAUUUGUGGACUCCUGUUUUUAUUCUGGAGGUGGCUCCUGUGACACCUGUACUACGAAGGCUGUUGCAAAUAGGUUACAGUGGUGCCCCGCAAGACGAAUGCCUCGCAAGACGGAAAACCCGCUAGACGAAAGGGUUUUCCGUUUUGGAGGUGCUUCGCAAAACGAAUUUCCUAUGUGCUUGCUUCGCAAGACGAAAAUGUCUUGCGAGUUCCUGCAGGUUUUUUUUCCUUUCCCCCCCUUUUUCCCAAGCCGCUAAACCGCUUAUCAGCUGAUGGCUAAGCCGCUUAUCAGCUGAUCUUUAAGCCGCUUAACAGCUGAUGCUAAGCCGCUUAUCAGCUGAUCUUUAAGCCGCUUAUCAGCUGAUGGCUAAGCGAUUAUCAGCUGAUCUUUAAGCCGCUUAACAGCUGAUGCUAAGCCGCUUAUCAGCUGAUCUUUAAGCCGCUUCUGAUCUUUAAGCCGGCUAAGCCGCUAAUACUGUAGCGCUAAGCCGCUAAACCUCUAAUGGGCUUGCUUCGCAAGACGAAAAAACCCGCAAGACGAAGAGACUCGCGGAACGGAUUCUUUUCGUCUUGCGAGGCACCGCUGUACAUUUCCUGUAGCUUCUUUUAGGAAUAAAUUGUACUCAAGUUAAUAUGUUUACCCCAUGUUUUGUUUUUCAGGUUCCAAAGCAGAGAAGCGAUCCUAGGAAUAGGAUUACUUUAGAGCUGGUGGGCUUUGAUGGUCCAAAAGACUUUCCAAGGCUCUAUGGGAAUGCAAACAUGCAUCUUUAUGAAGUCAUUCGAGUGAGUAUAACAAAAAGAGAUUCUCUUAUAUGUGGAUUAUACAGGCUAUGCUUUGAAACAGAGGACCUUAAAUACGUAUGAAAUAUUAAUUCCUGUUGUAAAAAUAUUAAUCUCUGCUAGGUGUUUUACAUAAUCAGUAUUGAUAAGUUAUGUAACACUUUCCCUUAAAUUCAAAUAAACAAUGCAUAAAGGUUCCUCUUUCAGUCACUUGGUCACAGUGCAAGAUUACUACACUUCUCCAUUCUCCAUUUGGUGCCAGAGUUUAGGUUCUAAAAUUCUAGCUGGGACAUCCAAGUCUUUAAGGCAGAAUUCAGCUAAUUAUUCCUGUCAGCAGAAGCCCAUGCAAGGAUGUCUGCUUGCACAACUGUGCACUCCCCAAAGAAGAUUGGUUGGGUAGGUGGGUCUGGAGAACCUCUGGAACAGUGCACAGGAUGAGAAGAGCAGGCAUCAUUCAGUUUGGCAAGCCAAAAUGCUUACAAUGAUGGAACCAUCAGAAGAGUGUGACUUUUGGAGACUUAAUAUUGCCUCCAAAUUGAGGAGUGGUACACCUAUGAAUGUGGGACAUGGGUGGCACUGUGGGUUAAACCACAGAGCCUAGGACUUGCCAAUCAGAAGGUCGGCGGUUCGAAUCCCCGCGACGGGGUGAGCUCCAGUUGCUCGGUCCCAGCUCCUGCCAACCUAGCAGUUUGAAAGCACGGCAAAGUGCAAGUAGAUAAAUAGGUACCACUCCAGUGGGAAGGUAAACGGCAUUUCCGUGCGCUGCUCUGGUUCGCCAGAAGCGGCUUAGUCAUGCUGGCCACAUGACUCGGAAGCUGUACGCCGGCUCCCUCUGCCAGUAAAGCGAGAUGAGUGCCGCAACCCCAGAGUCGGUCACGACUGGACCUAAUGGUCAGGGGUCCCUUUACCUUUACCUUUACACCUCUGAAUAAGGCAUGCUUGGUACAAGUAAUAGGGGAAGGCUUAACACUAGAAGACAUCUAGUUGACCGCUUUUGAAAACAAAAGGCUAAUUUUGGGCUGACCCAGCUAGGCUCUUCUGUAUACACUUAACAAACAGAUAGCUCACUGAUGGUUGUGCAUAUGCACCAGUUUGUGGAAACCAACCAUUUUUGUGUAUCUGAGUUACAAAUGUGGAUUCAUAAUCAGAAUAUCCAGAAAUACACCUGGCAAUUGCAGUCUUUUCUAAACCUGCGGCCUUUCAUUUGGAAAGGUUUCUUUCCCGAAGGCCUUUAGGUAGGUAUUCUAUGCAACAGCCACAGCUCAGACUUUGGUCGCAAAGGGAUGGAAGGAACAAGAAGCCACGACAAUCACGGACUGGCAUUACAAGCUACAAGAAUUUGCUGAAAUGGCACAGUUAACAAAUACCCUGAGAGGCAAUUCAAAACAAAAAAUUAUGGAAAAGUGGGAUAGAUAUAAAACAUAUGUUCAAAAAUACAGUAAAGGUUUGCUGUCUAUGCUAGCAUUUGAUUGACGUUGGAGUGAGACUGAGUUGAGAAAAAAGACUAAGAGCACAUAAUGAUAUAGGAAUGUAUUAGAUAAAAUGUAAAGAAAUAUACAAUAAUAAGAGUACAUUCAUUUGUAAAAAAGGAAUAUACAACGGGAUAGACAGGAAGGCUAGUGUGUUGGUAUGUAUAUGAUUUGGGGGGGAUGUUUUUGUUUUUUCUCUUGGUUCUUUUUUUUGUUUCAUUUUCUAGGUAUAUAAAAUUUGUAAAAAAAAAUUGUAUAUAUGUUGGAAAUUAUAGUAAGUCCUGUAAUGUAAUAUGACAACGUUUACCAAUGUAGUAUAAGAAUGUUAACAAAUAAAUAAAAUGCAAAUUCAAAAAAAAAUAUGGAAAGAUUUGUUUCAUGGUCUUUAUGUAGUGAACAGUAGAGAAGCUCUCGAAUUGUUUGUCUUCUUCUCUCCCAUUCAGAAACAGUCCUUCAUUGAAACAUGUGCUUUUAGAAUCAGAAAUAUGGUAAGACAUUUUUGUUAAUUGCAUAUUGCACAAUGGUUGUAAAAAAACACAACCCAUCUUAAUUGUCUCGUCUAAUUUGAACUGCAGCUUUGUAAUUGAGGGAAAGCUUCAAAUCUUUGCACUGUGGAUAUGUGAGAGGGAAAGGGAGAGACUAUUGAUUAGAGCUGCUGUCUAUAAAUCUGGAUAAUUGAAAGCGAAGCCGCAAGGUUUCUGCUGGUUGUGUUUCAAACCACUCUGGAUUACCUGCUGCCAGUCAGUGUAGUAGACAAUACUGAGCUAGAUGGAUCAAUGGUCUGACUCAGUAUGAGUCAUCUUCCUAUGUUCUUGUGACCCAGUAAAUUUCAGACCCAAGGGAACAAACUCUUCUGUAGCCCUUUUUUCUCUGUAAACAUGAAACCGACUUGAUUAGAAGCUUUGUGUUUAUAAGCAGAGGAGGUUAUUGGUAAUGAAUUUUUGUGCUUAUCUUGCUUUUAUUGGUGUGUGCAUAAUUGUAAACAUCAGCACAGGAACUCAUGGAGACAGCAAGAAAAUGAAGAAUACUAUUAUAGUCACAGCCUUGUUUUUUACUGCGUAUGUAUUUUAAAAGGAGUAAUGUCACAAUCUGUUGUUCAAUAUUUUUAAACCACGUUGUUGAACACUUACAUUUUAGAGGUUAGCUUUCUGUGGGCUGUGCGGCAGUAUUUCACCUUUCAAUAACUCCCAUUCUUCUUGGACUCCCUUCUCUUUGAGUAUUUCUGACUAUGAGAUCUCACCCAGUAGUUCCUUAAGCUUUUUGAAAUCAGCCUUUGUAAAGUCCAGAGUGCAUAUCCAACUACUCUCAGCCUUCCCUUGUCUGUGUAUAAUAAUAAUAAUUUUUAUUUAUACCCCACCCUCCCCAGACAAGGCCGAGCUCAGGGUGGCUAACAAGCAAUAAUAAAAACAAGUUGAAUGAUUACAACUUAAAAACAAAAUUAAAAUACAACAUUAAAAUAUUGAAACAUAAAAUAUUAAAAUGUAGCCUCAUCGCAGGAGGAGAUAGGAAAAGAAAAAAGAAAGAGGGAGGGAAUCAAAUUGGCUCCAAGCCAAAGGCCAGGCGGAACAACUCUGUCUUUCAGGCCCUGCAGAAAGAAAUCAGAUCCUGCAGGGCCCUGGUCUCAUGAGACAGAGCGUUCCACCAGGCCGGAGCCAGAGUUGAAAAGGCCCUGGCUCUGGUUGAAGCUAAUCUAACUUCCUUAGGGCCCAGGACCACUAGGGUGUUGCUAUUUAUGGACCUUGAGGUUCUUUGUGGGGCAUACCGGGAGAGGCGGUCCCGUAGGUACGAGGGUCCUAGGCCAUGAAGGGCUUUAAAGGUCAAAAGCAGCACCUUAAAUCUGACCCUGUACUCCACCGGGAGCCAGUGCAGCUUGAAAAGCACUGGGUGAAUAUGCUCCCAUGGCAGAGACCCCGUGAGGAGCCUCGCUGCAGCAUUCUGCACCCGCUGGAGUUUCUGGGACAGCUUCAAGGGCAGCCCCGCGUAGAGCGAAUUACAGUAGUCAAGCCUGGAGGUGACCGUCGCAUGGAUCACUGUGGCCAGGUAAUGAAAUCCAAGAGGAUAUGAUCACUUCCUCCCAAAGUUCCCAGCACUUCCACUUCACUGAUCAGUUCCUCCCUGUUGGUGAGGACCAAGUCCAGGAUAAGAUGAUCCCCUUGUUGUUUCUUCCACCUUUCCUUCCUUGGGUGCUUAUGCAAAAGUUUCCAGACCAACAUUAAUGCAGCUUCUUUCUUUGGGUCCUGGCUGUAAGGAUGCGGAACUGAGCUUGUUAUUACUACUUCUGCAUAGUUUUCCUUUUUGUUUAAUUUCUGUUGGAGGGAAGGACUUACCAUUGAUUUUUUUUUUAACUCAAUAAUUCUGUGCUUAUUAUACCUGUGAUCGUUUGCCAUAAAAUAACUUUAAAAUAAAUUUGCAAUGGGAAUUGUUAUGCUAAGAAGGGAUUUUUAUACCUACAGGUGUUCUGCACAGCAGAAGUGGAAUAUAUGUUCUGCUAUGGAUGUCUUGGAUAUGGAUAUUCACAUCAGGUCUUGUCUCUCUUUGCUGAAGUAGAUAAUUUGAAUUUGAAUCACAAGGCUGAAAGGGACCAGAAUAUCAUGAAGCCUAGCACCCCUCCCAUGUACUGUAAAUUACUUUCCAGCCCACAGGUCAACUCACAGAAUAUUAUUUGUAGUGUUUUAUAGGCAGAGAGUGAGCAAACGAGAUUCACCAUUCCUUAAACAGUUCCAAAUGGUUCAGUAGACAUCCUAGGAAAGAUUCCUUUUCAGUCUCAUAUUAAUGAGUGAAUUCAGGAAGCACCAUCAGGUCUAUGCUAUCCAACAUUUUGCCUCUUAAAAAUGUUUUCUAACCUAAACUGCCCAAGUUGUUUGUUUGCUUAUUUUAAACAAACUUCUGAUUGUGUAUUACAAAAUGAGGCAAGGAAACCUAGCAGUUCAGUAUAAUUUUACUGUACAGAACAGAGAUGAAAAUGAGGCCUGUUUUUCAACCGUAAAAGGUUCUAUCAGGGUGGGACUAAUUCAUUCCCAACUAGUCACAAACUGGAAAAGCAAAAUGAAUAGUGUACACAGACACGUAAAGGGGGGUGGUUACUUUCUCUAAUGAGCUAAUCACACCCAGACUGGGUGGAUGAAUGAUGGCAUUGGGGUACAGCCAAUGUAUAUUUAUUGAGAAGUCAUCGGUCCUCAUGCAUGCAUGUCUUUUGCAGCAUCUACACAACGCCAUUGACUUCAAAAUGACAGUCCAUUUAAUCUGGGUUGACCCUUUCUGGAGGAAAUACGAUAAGGUUUUUAGUUUAAUCCACCCAGUUUGCCAUUUACCCUGUUGCAAUAUCUCAGUGAUAUGUUUGCCAUUUAAGCCCCUGUUGCAAUAUCUCAGUGAUAUGUUUGCCAUUUAAGCCCCUAUCCGGAAGCCACUCUUGCUUUUUGAGACAGAACUUUCAGCUCCUUUCAAGCCUCCAUUGAAGUAUACGUCUACUCUUCCCGGCUUGCCAUUAAUUCUGUCUCCCAUAGAGACAGCCAGAUAAUAACCCAUGAAAAGGGUCUACAAUUCCAUAACAGCUCCUUGUGAGUAGGAACAGAAUUGCAAGAAUACUUCGGACAAUGAGUAGCUAUAGGAACUUUGCCUGUCUCCCAUGCAUCAGGGGAUAGAGAGACUAUUGGAGUUCAUGGAACAUAAUCUGAAGUACCACUUUAUGCUAUGUUUUAUUAGCUAUCCCAGCAUUCAUCCUUAUUGAUUGUCAUAAAUGGCUUUGUUUUGCAGCUGAAACUGCCAGGUGCGGAUCCUGCAAAGGCUGUGGCAUAUUCCAUGUUUCUGCGGGUUCCCCCUCCAGAAGACAGAAGAGACACUAUAAGGCAACAAUUCUUGACAUCUAACUAGAUUUGUUUCAAUAUGUAAUGGACUCUGUUUUAUAAUGCUAUGCAUACAGUCAGUCAUAUGUUUUAGAAUUGGAACCACAUGGUGAUAGCUAACAUUAGCCAUACUCAGAGUAGACCCAUUGAUUUAAGACCACUGAUUUCAAUGUGCCUACUUAGCUGGGUAUCACCCACAGGGUUUUGGAUGUAUGCAGAUAUGAGGGUCUGUUUACAUCUUACGGUGGAAAUGAGUUCCAAUGUCAAAUUAUGGGAUUCCAAUAGGAUGUAUCCAGCUAAGUCAUACUCAGACCCAUUGAAAUCAGUGGAUCUACUUUGAGAAUGACUUGGUCAGAUACAGCACAAUAAAUAUUCUGUCUCACACACUCUCCUUUCAUUAGGUAUAUGUGAAGACUUGGGAGGGCGCAGUUCUUGGGCAAAACCCUAGCAGCACUAGGCAACCCCAAAGUCUAUGUGAAACAAGGAUUUACCUGAAUGUUGCCACGGAAAUUUCUGAUGUAUUCUGGUUUUGUCUAUCAUAAAAUCUUAACUCUAGAACACUUACCUUAUGUCUGAAAACUACCAGAUUACUACACCAAACCAGGAUAAUCUGCUCCACAGGUGGGGCAAGGCUGCUGGUGUAUUUUGCCCACAGAUGCUGCCCCUGUGCCCCACUUUUGUUUUUCCCAGCUCCCUCCCCUCUCUUACCUCUGGCUGCUGUGUGUCUGCAUCUGUGUGUGAAAGAGUGAAGGGGGACAGUGCAUGUAAGUGCAAGCCCACUGCCAAAUGCUGCCCUUAGUCCACCCCCGCUGCCUUCGCAAAACAAUUUAAGCCCAUAAGUUACAGCGCAGUGUGCAGCAGCCAAGUUUCAGAGACUCUUCCCUGGGCGCUUCCAGGCUGUUGCUAUUUUUGAGUGGUGUAUCAGCAAAGGGCUUGUACACCUUUACCUUUUGCCCUGCUCUUUCCAGGGACAGGCCCACACUUUAAAACCCUGUGUGCAAGCGCUGUGUUUUUCUUUUUGCCCCAGAGCUUUCCCCACAAGAGCUUCUCCCUGCUCUUUAAAACUGAAUUGGAGCAAACAGUGAUUCAGGUUUUCCAUGGAUUAUUGUUUGCUCCGAUUCAGCUUUAAAGAGAAGGUUUUCACAGGGAAAGAUGGGGGGGGGCACUUGGACAUGGAACUUUGCAGUGGAGACUGUGUCAGGAAAGGUGCCUGGAUAAGGUUGUGCGAUUAAAGCAGAGUUUGUUCUUGUUCAAAACAAACCUUCUCCCCAAAAUCUGACUUUGUGAUAAGGAUAAAUGCACUGGAAAGUGAGGAUAACAUUUGCUAGAUGCAAUGUCAUAUAACCUCACUACAGACAAAUCAAAAUGACUGCUCAGUAAAAAGCUGAUGUUGUCUAGGCUCCUCACAGACUUUGUGCCAACAAAUCACGAUGAAUACUCAAUAAACAGGUAGACUGUGUAUAAGUUCUGGUUUGUAUGGUUCCAAUUGGUGGCUGAGGGAAUAGCCACAUCCCAAGGAUGCUACAAGGUUUUAUAUUUCACACAAGACUCCCCACUUGUGUCCAGUGAAAGAAACCUUCUUUUGAAAAGUCCUUACCUGGCUUCCUGUUUCAGCAUUUGGCAGUGGCGCUUAAUGGAUAAAGUUUUGUUCGUCAGCAAAGAAAUGAAAUUCUUGUCUAACUUUAACAUACAGUCAUGAGACAUCAGACCUCCACAAAUCUGGUAGUGUCAAAGGAGCAACUGCUCCCUGCCCUCCAUGAGCCGUGCUGUACCCAGACUGUUGAGAAUUGCAAAGAUUCAGCCACACACCCGUGAGUGCUCUGCAAAUUGCAGAGCACUCAGGUCAAAAAUUUCUUCUUGCCUGCUCCAAAGCUCGCCUUAGCAUGAACCCUAAUAUGCUCCUUCGCUGAAACAAAAAGGAUGUAUAUAUAAACCCAAAUAACCUUCCCUUCUCCUUAACAUUUUUUACUUAUUUUCCAAAAAAUAAUAAUAUUGGUUUUCACAACAUUAUAAACAAACACAUAAGACAAACAAACAUAAAUCAUAGCCUUAUUGAAAAUUAUUAACAUUGUUAAGUGACUUCCUCGUUUCCCCUUGGUUGAAUUUCAUUGCAUAUCCUUUUAACGGUUUUCCAAAUCACAGUUCUUAUAAAAUUUAACUUAAACAUUAACAUCCUUAGAUCUUCACUUUAUGAAAUUAAACAUAUUAAUUCAUCACUUAACAUAAAUAAAAUCCUAAGCCAAUUAAGUAUCUGCAAGCUGUUUUCAGUUAAUUUGACUUAACAUAUUUAACUAAGUAAUCAUUAAAUUUAAUCCACUCUUCCUGAUACUCCUCCUCCUUCUGGUCGCGGACUAACAUUUUUUACUUCUGAAUCAAAAUCGUAUUAAAACUUAUUUUUCUUGCAAAUAUAUAGGGGACUUCAGCAACAAGGGUGACCAUCAGAGUAGCAGCCCAUGUAGCAGGGUGAAAGGGGGGGAAUCUUUCCAUUGUGAUUAUCUCCACAGGCAACAUUUGAAUGCCUUAGUUUUUCUUUUCUCUCCCCCCAGCAAUGCCAUCAAGCCACUGCGCCUGGAUUACCCUGCAUUCUUAUCUCCAGACUUGAAUGUUUCAGUGGCAAAGAUUCAUCUGGAGAAACCAAAACCUUCAGAGCACUACAAAAGCCUUCAGGAGGCUUUGCAUCAGCCACCCCGAGAAAGGCAAGGACGUAGGCAACAGUUUUUUUAAAAAAAGUAUAUAUUAAUGUAUCUAACAUUUGUUAUACAGUGGGGGGGGGGAGUAUUUGAUCCCCUGCUAAAUUUGCCUGUUUGCCCUCUGACAAAGAAAUGACCAGUCCAUGAUUUUAAUGGUAGGUUUAUUGUAGCUGGGAGAGACAGAAUAACAACAGGAAAACCCCCAGAAACCCAGAAGACAAAAGUCAGAGAUUGAUGUGCAUUAUAAUGAGUGAAAUAAGUGGUCCCUCAGCACUACAUUCUGGAAAUAGCCCUCCUUGCAGGAGUGGAACGAUCUUGGUAUGGGUGCUGCCAUCCUAGAAGCUGAACCCUGUUCAGAAGCAAACCAUGGUCAAAGGCAGCCAAGAGGCCUAGGAGAAUUAAUAAGCUGGCACUUAGGUCAUCCUUUUUGGGCAGCCUGUGCAGUUUCUGUACCAAAGCAAGACAUUUGAAAUUCGAUUGAUAUGGUUCCAGAUAAUUUCAUGGAAAAGUGGCUGGCGGUGGCUGGGAUUUCUGAUCUGACAUUACUGAUCACAGUCUUUCUUUUAUACAUGGUAGGUUUAGUUGUUAAUAGCAUCCUCUAAUGUUUUCAUCUAUUAUCAUAGUUGAAAAAUACUAUAGGACAGUUAAUCUGAGGCUGCAAGCCUAGCCCUGGGAGCAAACCCCAUUAAAUCCAGUAGAAUUUAGACAUGGUUAAGAUUGUGUUGUAAAUUAUCAGCCGCAUUAUCUAUAAACAGUUAAGUAAGAGCAACAAAAAAAAUGGCUUUAAAACAGAUCUGUUCCAAUAACUUCAGUAGUAUUGGUCUACUUUCCCUCCAGGUAAUAGCUUAUUGCAAGAUUUGUGAAGUGAACUGGUAGUUGCAGUAGAGUUGAAGGGGGCUUAGCUUCAGCUAUUUCAGUUUAACUUCACCAUGGAUUGUAUAAACAUGUAAUGUAAUUUUUUUUGUUAGCUGAUGGCAAAGAAAUAUGCAUAUUGGAUAUUUCAGUACUAUUAAACUAUUCCCCCCCCCCCUGCUCUUUAGACUGGAGAAACUGAAAACUGAAUAUCGGAAUCUAAAAACAUGGCAUGAAAAGGCAGAUUAUUUAGAUCAACUGAUCUUAAAAAAGGGACCAAAAGUAAAACCAGGCCAAACAAAGGUAAUUUCCUUUUCAAAGAAAGACAAAUAACGUGCAACUGACUAGGGGCAAAACCUCAUAGGAAAGGCAGUUGUUUAUUUUUCAUUUUUAUACAAAGGGGAAGAAUUAUUAUUUAUUACGUAACCCAAAAGCAAUUGCAGGCCGCUGAAAUGGGAAGUGGAGGUCUUUUUUUAAAAAAAAGUAUUAAAGGUUUUCUUGAGGUACAAAAGAACAUGCAGUGUCUCUGUUUUCCUUUCAUAGAAUCUUUUCUACAGAUGAGUUAUAUUCGAUGUGAGACACUAAUGUUAUAGACAGUAUAAGGUUGGGGAAGAAGAUUGGUAGUUAGAGAAAAGGAAGGAAGGGUUGUUUAGCACUUUCUCCUGCUAUUUGUUGACUCGGAGAUCCUGCUCGCCAGCUUUUCUCCUUGUGGGCGAAUACCGUAUUUUUCGCCCCAUAGGACGCACCUUUUCCCCUCCAAAAAUGAAGGGGAAAUGUGUGUGCGUCCUAUGGGGCGAAUGCAGGCUUUCGCUGAAGCCUGGAGAGCGAGAGGGGUUGGUGCGCACCGACCCCUCUUGCUCUCCAGGCUUCGUGCAGAUCUCCGUAAGCCAUGGGAGCCCGCGCCCUAACCCUGCACUGGGCUCCCACGGCUUGCGGAGAGUUGCCUGUUCUGGGGGCUGGGGUCGGGGGAAGCUCGGGCUUCCCCCGCCCUAGCCCCACGCCUGGGGGGAAAUAAAAAAUUUUCCCUUUAUUUCCCCCCCAAAAAACUAGGUGCGCCUUAUGGGACGGUGUGUCCUAUAGGGCGAAAAAUACGGUAGGUACAGUACCUGAGAGGAUGAGAAAAAAUAGAACAGCCCUGCCACAUGUAGGCCUCCAGAAAUCCCCUGCUAAAAGUACAGGAGCCCAGUCAUCUUCUGCAGUCGGCCACCCUAAUUAAGAGUCUCCUCCAAAGUGCUACUUCCCUUUCCCACUGCAUUUUUUAUAGCUUCCCAUCCAGCACGACAAAUCACAAUUUGAUUUAAUUGUUAAGGCUGUUAAGUGGCAAUCUUGGAAACAAGGCAAAAUUCCAGUCCCAAUGCUAAUUAUCACAGGAAGGAGAAUGGUCUGUACUUGAAAGCACUGUAUGCCUAUUUCUAACUCCUCUCCCCUCCCUAUCAGGUAUCUCGCUUCAAGGAAGCUGUUGGGAAAAUACAACGCCCUCAAGCAUCUACGGUUUAUACCUCCUCAGGUUUAGUGAACACUCAAAUAUUUUCCUAUUCAUCUUGAGCGGAGACUAGAAGGGCCAGUGGGUUAAUUUUCUAACCUUUACAGUGCAGCAUAUACAGUGGUACCUCAGGUUAAGUACUUAAUUCGUUCCGGAGGUCCGUUCUUAACCUGAAACUGUUCUUAACCUGAAGCACCACUUUAUCUAAUGGGUCCUCCCACUGCUGCCGCGCCGCCGGAGCACAAUUUCUGUUCUCAUCCUGAAGCAAAGUUCUUAACCCAAGGUAUUAUUUCUGGGUUAGCGGGGUCUGUAACCUGAAGCGUAUGUAACCCGAUGUACUACUGUACUGGUAUUUGCAAAAGUUCCAACGUUCAAUAUUACCUUGUGUGAAAAUGAGGGAGGGGGGAGAAUUGCCCCAUGGCUGUUGACAGAAGACGUUCAGUCCACCAAGUUCCUCCCCGGAAGUCCUGACCAAUUGAUUACCAUAUUGUCACUCAAGGUGACAGCAUGGAGUGUUUGAACACUGAAAAGGGACUGCUUUUUAAAGAGGAUGCCUAUGAACUUCAAUGCACUUACGAGUUCAUGGUGCAUAACCAUAAUGUGCGUUUGCAUUAAAAAAAGAUCCAUAAAGCAUUUAUCCAGCAUAAGGAACUUGGUGGUCUUGCUAUGCAACUAGUAUUUCCUUCUUUAGUUUCUUACAAUAUAACUUUCUAAAAAUUUCUCCCACCACCUGCAGCUUCAGAGGUAAUGUCUCAUGAAAACAUAAGCUCAUUCGCCGGAGAAGACAUGAAGGUGUGUGUUAUUGAUAGAUUGCUUCAUAAAAUUACACCACUGUGGUACCCCUACAGCUAAAGAGGUUACUGUCAAUCACACUCCCACAUAUUUUUGAAACUAUAGUAUAUGUGCAGGGCCUUAUAUGUACAGGACUAUAGUGUAUGUGGGGCUAAAUGCAUCUCUCUCUGGUCCUCAGAACUCUCAGUGCCCAUUGCCCCAGACCACACCUCAACAGCCCUGCUUGACUGCUUUUGUCUGGCUGGAAUGGGCAAUAAUGCUUUAAUGGAUGGAGAGAUGGGUGUGCAAAAGCUAGGGGUGUCAGAAGGCAUUGUUUUCUGUCCUUCCCUGUGUUUACUGCAUGCCGCGCUGUUUCUGUUCUACUGCGUUUUGUCUUCCACCCAAAACCACGUUAUUUGCCCCGCUGGCUGUCCACUUUGGCAAAAUUACUGUAUUUUUCGCUCUAUAGGACGCACUUUUUCCCCUCCAAAAAUUAAGGGGAAAUGUGUGUGCGUCCUAUGGAGCGAAUGCAGGCCCCUUGGCUUCAGCGAUAGCAACGUGAAGCCUCCAAAGCGCAGAGGGAGCGCUCCGAACCCUCUCGCUCUCCAGGCUUCAGGGAUAGCCGCCUGAAGCCUUUGGAGCGCAGCGGGAACUCACGCUCCGCUCCGAAGGCUUCAGGUUCCUUUUGCUGAAACCAGGAGAGCAAGACUCUCCCGGCCUAAGCAGAGAGGGAGAGCUGCGCAGCGCCCCUUCAGCGAAGCGGGAGGAGAAAUGGAAGGGGCUCUGUUUCUCCUGCCACUUCGCUGAAGGAGCGCUGAGCAGAGAGGAGGAGAAUUUUUUUUUCUUGUUCUCCCCCUCUAAAACAAGGUGCGUCCUAUGGUCGGGUGCGUCCAGUAGAGCGAAAAAUACGGUGCAUGACUUUACAUCAUAUAUCUCGUUGAGAUUCCUGCAUUGCAGGGGGUUGGACUCGAUGACACUCGGAUGACCUUCCAUCUCUACAGUUAUCUGUGAUUCUAUAAGUACUGUAAUUAAUUACGUAAAUUGCCUACGCGGUGUUGGCAUUGCGUUAUUCCACUCCAUUUCAGUGCAAAAGGAUCACAGUGCAAACAUGGGGGGAAAGUAACAUAACCAGUUAUGUAUCAUUUAUGGGCUGAAGGCAACAACAGUUGCAUUUGCUGAACUGUUUUCUGUUCCGGACUUGGAACUGUUGAGGAAACGUCAGCCAUUCCCAUUUAUGUUUUCAUUUGAGUUCUCCAACACCCUGGUAGAAACUUUUGACUUUGGUAUGGCUGGAACAUUGCUUCUGCCUACUUCUGCCUCUUGCCUGUCCCAUGCAGCCCUCAGGUGGUUGCCUAUAGGGCCUUUGAGGUUCCCCACCUUUGAACUAUAGAAAUAGCAGCAACACCUGAAAUAGGUAAAAUGCUAGAAAGAGGCUCUUGUGGCUUUUUAAACCACCUGUCCCUUUUUAAAUGAAUAUUGGCUACACCACCAGAAGGGUAUGUCUUAAAUAGUAUCAAGAUUGUAAUUUUCUUUUAAUUUGUGAAAUAAUUCCUCUUCCUACUGGUCAGCGUUUGUUUGUUUGUUUGUUUAUUUGUUGUUGUUGUUUUGCUGGUAUAUUUAAAUUAGCCUAUAAAUCACAUUACUGAGUAGGCGUUGUUGUAGCCCAACAACAUUUAAUCACAGCCAGCUGCACAUUCAGAAAUAAGACAUGAUUGACUGUAUCACUUCAGACUGAACAAAGGAUAAAAUAAAUCACAUUCAGAAUGCCCCUGACUUUAGAAAAUUAUCUCUGCAUGUAGAAAAUUAGUACAACCGGGAGAGAGGUUCCAUCCCACCUUGCUCCCUGAUGGUUAUUUUUCUACAUUCAGGGAGUUGUGGAAGCAUUGAAGCAAUAGUCUCCCCUCUUGCGGUCUUAAAAUGGUAAAUCCCGUAAAGAGCUCUGUCGUGUGAUACUGCUUGCUAUGUAGAUUUCUUUAUUUUUCUUGAAAUUUCGAUUCCUUUCUUCAAAUGUCUAUGUAAUACUUGCUGUACAAGCCCAGAGUUUUUGUGAUAUUGCUCUAACUUCACCUGUCUCCUUUCAUACAUAUCAAGGGUACCAUAUCCUAUUCUGUUGUACAGAAAUUCCUAGCAUUAAAGAAGCAUGAAAUAAUUUCUAGCAUUCCCUACUUAGUUACUCUCCGUUUGUAUUAAUUCAACGAUGAAAUGCCAAAUUGAUGGAGCCCUGAGUCUUGCCAAGUAGUGUUGAGGAGCUGACAUCGAUCUGUCUGAAGAGACAAUGGAGUGCGCUAUUAGGGGUGAAGUCAAACGGCUGGAGAAUCACAGCGCCUGCUGUGGUUGCAGAGACCAGUAACUCUUAACUGCUGCCUCCGGUAUUGCUUUCGCUGCAUCAGCAGCAACACAGUGACCUCCUUGGGGGGCAAGCCUGAGCAGUGUCUGUGUGUGGAGGUCCUGGCCUGCGCAGAUGACCACCUCCUGUGAUCUCACUGAUGUGGUCCAAAAGAAAGCAGAGCAAUAUGUUUGGCACCAGACUGGCUGCAGGAGUUGCUGGAAGGAGGCGUACAAGGCGCCAUCCAACCAUAGCUGUCAACUGUCCCUUAUUUGGCGGGAAAGUCCCUUAUCCCAGUGCUGUGUCCUGCUGCUGUCCCUUAUUGAUGAUGUCCCUUAAAUUUCCUGGGUUUCAAAGGAAGCAGCUCCUCUCCCUCCCUCCCUGCUGGCCAGGGAGGAGGGAGGCUCCAACUGUGUUGCUUGGCUGCGUUGCUCACCCAAUAAGGAGUCUAAGAACGACUGGGGGGUGGAGCUUGCAUGCCUUGUGCUGAUCAAAUCAGCCGCGUUGCUUGGGGACUCGCCUUUGCUCAGCGCUUCCCAGCGGAGAGGUGACGGUGGUUUUCCUUGCUGCAUCCCCUUUGCCGGGUUGCUGCACUGUGGAAAUCACCACUUGAGGCUUCGUUUGGCUGCUGGCUGGGUUUUCUGCCUUUGGCUUGGAGGGGCUCAGAAGUUGAACAUACCUGUGCUAGGAAAAUCCCUUAUUUUGGCUGCUGAUCCCUUAUUUUCAAGGCUGCUGGUCCCUUAUUUUCAAAUCUAAGUUGACAGCUAUGCAUCCAAACAUCGCGGGGAUUCCACUCCAGAUUUGUGUAGGGUUUACUCCUUAGCAUUUUCUUCUCCCGCAGAUGUACCGCAAGACAGUAGAUACAGAUUUUCCCUCUGGGUUUACUCCCAAAGUCUUUUUCAUAGAAUCGUAGAAUCGUAGAGUUGGAAGGGAUCCUGAGGACCAUCUAGUCCAACCCCCUGCAAUGCAGGACUAUGUAGCUGUCCAAAGAAGGAUCGAACCUGCAACCCUGGCAUUAUCAGCACCAUGCUCUAACCAACUGAACUCUUCUGCAUGAAUGAGUAUGGCCACAAGGCAGUGGAGGUCUAGGAUCAUAGUUGUCCUUCUCCUAGAUGGGCUACCUUCCCAGGUUGUCGAGCCCCUUCUGCCCCUCACUUCCCCCAACAACACGUGCAGAAGCCACCUUCUUGACCAUUGGACUCACUAUUGGUCUUGUACACUCAAUGUGCCAGACCCUGUAUUCGCAUGCAGGAGACCCAUUGGCUCCCUUCACUUGGUUUAGCCGGCCAGUCGAAGCCGUUUGCAGCUGAUUUUGCAUGCUGACUGCUUGUAGGGGCCACAGGUGAGAACUGAGUGCAGGGUGGGGACCAAAGGUGGACAUACCACCCAAGAAGGAGCACAAUGUGUCCCCUUCCAGAGGUACGAGCCAUAUACCCCAAGCAGUGUAUACCGUAUUUUUCGCUCUAUAAGACGCACCAGACCACAAGACGCACCUAGUUUUUGGAGGAGGAAAACAAGAAAAAAAAUAUUCUGAAUCGCAGAAGCCAGAACAGCAAGAGGGAUCACUGCGCAGUGAAAGCAGCAAUCCCUCUUGCUGUUCUGGCUUCUGGGAUAGCUGUGCAGCCUGCAUUCGCUCCAUAAGACGCGCACACAUUUCCCCUUACUUUUUAGGAGGGAAAAAGUGAGUCUUACAGAGCAAAAAAUACGGUAUUUCAUUGAAAUUAAGACCAGUAGUUAUAAAAAGACUACAUUUUAGUACACUAGUGUUGGUGAUGAUUAUUGUCAUUUGCAGAAAUGGACAAGUCAAAUGUCUGCUCUCUCAUCACGACCUUCUGGACCUGUGCCAUCCCGCAGAAACUUAUUUUCAUCAGAACAGAUUCCUCAACCUGCUGAAACAACCCCACCUGUCCCAGCGCUGACUGUAACCCCUAACCCUAUGAGUUCUCCAGUAUCUUCAGAUGGAGAGAACAUGAAAGACAUGGUUGUAAGAGAACAAGUUCAUCCUGACUCUUCAGAUGGAGAGAAUAUGAAGGACAUAGUUGUAAGAGAAAGACUUCAUCCUGCGUCUGAAACCUCUCUGUCAAGUUCCGUUGGAAGCGCAGCAAAAACUUCUGAGGCUAGGGAUUCAGAAAGCCUUGCUUCUUUAGGUCAUGAGAGGAAAGUGACAGAAGAGGAAAUACCUGUCAUAGUCAAAAAACCACCUAUUAAAGAAUAUCUGCCAGUACCAAUACAGGUAGCUGAUGGUGAUAUGUAACAUAUUGUUUCACUUUCCCCUCCCCAGGGGAUAAUGUGGGUUAUUCAGCUUACUUCUUCUCUAAUGGGCAAGCUGUUUGGAGCUUUGAGGUUACCAUUCUUGCUCUUUUGAAGCCAUAGCAUAUACAGUGGUACCUCGGGUUAAUUACUUAAUUCGUUCCAGAGGUAUGUUCUUAACCUGAAACUGUUCUUAACCUGAAGCACCACUUUAGCUAAUGGGGCCUCCUGCUGCUGCCGCGCCGCCAGAGCAGAAUUUCUGUUCUCAUCCUGAAGCAAAGUUCUUAACCUGAAGCACUUUUUCUGGGUUAGCGGAGUUGGUAACCUGAAGCGUAUGUAACCUGAAGCGUAUGUAACCCGAGGUACCACUGUAAUUAAUAGAUGCAUACUUACAGUGGGGUCAAGGGUAGCAACUGUAAUGAUGAUCCAGCUGUGCCACAUCAGACUUUUACUGUAAAUAUGCUGUACACUAAGGGAUUCUCCAGACAAUCUGUUUGUUGGUACAGUGGUACCUCUGGUUGCAAAUGGGAUCCGUUCUGGAGCCCUGUUCGCAACCUGAAAGGAACGCAACCCAAUUCGCCGCUUCUGCGCAUGCGCGUGACGUCAUUUUUCGCAUCUGCGCAUGCGUGAGAGGUGAAAGCCGGAAGUAACCCUUUCCGGUACUUCCAGGUCACUGCGGGACACAACCUGAAGCAAACGUAACAUGAGGUAUGACUAUUCAUCUGGAUUUGCUUGCAGAAUACUUAAGCGGUGAUUAGACUAUAGACGCUUUCAGGCUUUUUCAGUCACAUACCAGUGCAAAUUCUGGUUGUGUACUUGGGGUGUCUUGAGCAACAAAGCCCACAUCCCCACAAAGAUAAUACUUUUUGCAGUAAGGAAAUUGACAGGAAAGUAACUGGAAAAUGUGGGCAGCACUUGCUUUGACACAAUAUUGUCUAGCUUCCCUGCCAACAAAUCAGGAUAAAUGCUCAAUAAACAGGUCAUCUGUUAGUGCCCUGACUCAGGUCUUCACUGAGCAUUUGUUCCUAUUUUUUGAGGGUUAUUCGACAAUGAGCAUUCAUCCUGAUUUACUUGCGGUGUUUACGUGUCUUCCUGUUAACCACCCAUUCAUCCCACCCUUUGCAGUGAAUGUCCCAGUCACUUUCCAAACAGCAAAAUGUCCAACUGGCAGGAAGAUUUGUUAAAGUAGAACCUUUUGAGCCUGUGAAAAUGGGAAUUUGCUCCAUUCUGACCGACUUUGCACGGUGAUGUUCUACCUAGCUGCACUCUGCCAGCAGAAGUUCUUUUGCACACUCAUUUUGCAUUCUUACUGUUACAAUGAUUUAUAAGAGUGAAUAACUAUUUUUUUGUCUUCUUCUUGAUGUAUCCCCUCUGAAAUUACAAAGGAAUCACAGCCUAAGUCUGAAGUUUCUGUGAGUGUCUCACCUCAGUUUGUGGCACCUCCUAGACCAUCAGGUAAAUUGACAUAACUUUUCGAAUAGUAAUCAUCAGCUUCCAGUUGGUUUGGGUUCUAUAUAAAAUAAAGCAAAACAUGAUAUGCCAAGGACCAAAAGGGGGGGAAAAGGCUUUUCACAAGUUCACAACCUACUUUUAAAACCUCGCUUGGCCUGGUGCUUGGGUUCAAGAAACAAAAAGAAUAUCGCCUAUAGGAAGCCAACAAACUUUUGUUAAAUAUGUAUACUGUGUGUUGUCUCUAUGACCAUAUUUAUGCAAAAAACUCAGCGGUUGUCUAGUGGGCAAACCUCAACAACUCUGAGCAAAGUGUGAAGCUUUUCCCCCCAAGGAAAAACUUCUCGCAAGAAAAAGAUUAACAAAUAAACUAGCACUAGGCUGAGGAGAAAAGUACAAGGGAGCUCUGGUGAAUGUGAUCGUCAACCCGGGGCGGUUCCACUAUGAAAUUAAUGAAGCUUAAGAUUCAGGACUCCUAAUUCUAGAGAACUACAGUCCACAUUGCUUAAAAAAUGUGGGUCUAGUGGGUCUUUUGUUAUAUAUAUUUCAACAAUCCCAAGUUUGAGAGUCAGUAGCACAGAUGUUGUAGAGGUGUGGUGGUCUGUCGUGGAACAAUCCCACUGAAUAAGUUAACAGCGGUUACCCAAACCUCGUUGCUGGUUGUGAAGGGUUCCCCAUGACAGUUCAAGCCUUAGGGCCCCCAAGAUGUAAGUCCACCACUGCCGUUGACAAAGGCAGGAGCGAACUGCAUCAUGAGAACAGCCUACUUCCUAAAGUGUUCCUCCUGCCUUCACCCUGCACUUUGAACCAGCACCCAACCUGAGAGCACUGCAAUGUCAGUGAGUACUGUAUUUUUCGCUCCAUAAGGCGCACCGGACCAUAAGGCGCACCUAGUUUUUAGAGGGGGAAAUAAAGAAAAAAAAAUCUUAUUCCCCCCCCCCAGCCCCAAAGAGCAGCGGACAGGCUUCUGGGGCUGCCGGGGGAAGCCCGGGUUCCCCCAACCCCAAAGAGCAAAGAAGCCAAGACAGAGAGCAGGAUCCAUCCCGCUCGCUGUCUUGGCUUCCUCUUUAGCCGCGCGCAGCCUCUCCCUGCAGGAGGGGCUGCGCACGGCUAAAAAAGCCAAGACAGUGUUGCUUUCACUGAAGCCUGGAGAGCGAGAGGGGUUGGUGCGCACCGACCCCUCUCACUCUCCAGGCUUCAGGGAUAGCCGCCUGAAGCCUUCGGAGCGCAGCGCGAGUUCCCACUGCGUUCCAGAGGCUUCAGGUUCUUUUUGCUAAAGCCAGGAGAGCAAGACUCUCCUGGCUUCAGCAGAGAGGGAGAGCUGCGCAGCGCCCCUUCAGCCAAGCGGGAGGAGAAAUGGAAGGGGCUCUGUUUCUCCUGCCGCUUCGCUGAAGGGGCGCUGAGCAGAGAGUGGGAGAAUUAUUUUUUCUUCUCCCCCUCUAAAACAAGGUGCGUUGUAUGGUCCGGUGCGUCCUAUAGAGCGAAAAAUACGGUGACUCGUUACUCAAAUGAUUUGGUCUAUUUUGCUGGGGAGUGUUGUGCAUUAUUAAUUUACACUACAUAAAAUUAAAUACCAGAUUUCACAACUAAAAAUUUGUUGCUGUUCCAUUUGUUGCUUUUUAAUAUUUUAUUUUUCUUGCUGAUCCAUCCUAGAUUCAGUUGUUGAACCAGUACAGCAAUUGCCUUGGAAAUCUAUGGUAAGGAAUAACUCGUUAAGCACUGCUCCGAUAGCAUAUAAUACAGUUAAGUGGAUUUGGUGAUGUCUGUGUAGUGAUGGCAGCAUCAUGCAACGUUUCUUAUCUACCUCAUUAGUUCGUGAUCUGUUGCAGAAAACAGCACGAGGAGUUGGUACAAUCUGGCUUCCUAUCAUUCCCUGCAUCUGAUUAUAUAUCCACUUGCCAGGGAUAGUACCUCUUUAAAAGACACUUUGGGUUCAUUUGGAAAAUGUUUUGUGCUGACACAAUUGUCACUUUUGUUUUAACUUUGAUUUGGUUGUUCAUGCAAAACCAGCAUGCAGACUUCCUUAAGUGCAGUUUGCUUACCACCAGCCCAGAUGGCCAGACUGCAGUUUUAUGUGCACACCUUUGAACGUACAUCCUAUUGAAUUCACAAAGAACUAGUUCUGAGUAAACAUGCAAUAACACUGUGCAGUAGAAAUACCUUCACAUGCACCUUCUAAACUCAUUUUUCUGUGCACAGCCUAUUAGCUCAGUGCUGAGGCUGGCCGUUGUCUUGUGCCUGGGGAUGGUGGCUGUUGGACAUUCAGCAGUACUAGCAGAUGAUGUCAGCACUGAUCAGGACUGGCUUGUGUCACCAAUACUGUGGGAGGAAAUAUGUGAAUUCCUGUGACUCACACAUGUGGGGUAAAGAGCAAAAGAAUCAGCUAGGUGCCUGGAUUCAAAACAUGGGGCUAAAUCACUCUCCAGCAAGAGAAAGCCCUCAGUAGCAGAGUUUAAGCUCACAAAGUCAAGCAGUUAGGAAUGUAGGCUGUUAAACCUUUUGCAUAUCCCAUUUAGUUCGCUAGCAAAGCACUCUUCUCUUUCCACCCUCUGGCAGUGAACAGACCACACCAUUAGUAAGUUUGAAUGCUUUAAUUACAAAUUCCCAAGGUCUGAUUUAUGCGUUAUUCCAUGCAGCAGCAAGAACAAUGCGGGUAAAAAGUAUUGGGUAGAAAAUACAGAGCUAGCUUCAAACACAUGCUUGUAAGCUUGGAGCAAAGCUUAAAGACAUCCUUCUUUGUAGGUUACAUAGUGAGAAGAGAGUGACAACAGAAAGAGAAGGCACGAUCUAGCUAGAUAUCUAACUCUGUGGUCUUAACCCCUUCAUUCACUAACUAGCAGCCAUACAUAGUUAUGUUUGACUGCAAUUUCUCCCAGAUAUAACAUCAUCAUAGGAUAGCACUUGUGCAGGUGCCAUUCCCCAUCCAACAGCCUCUGUUGCUUAUCUGCUAGCAUGCAUAUGACUGCCCAGCUGAAAAUAUAACCUGUCUCCUUUAUUCCCUGACUUCAGAAAUUAGAAAUAAUGUUUAUACUGGUAGGAUAUAUACUAUAUUACUAAUAUAUUGUUUAUAUGCAUUUUUUCUAUUUAUGCUCUUCAUUUUGUUGUAUUAUCAUAAACAUCUGACCAAUAAAAUUUAUUCAUUUGAAAGCCUCUUGUUAAAAAGCCUGUUCCCAAGACCCGGGGUGGGGGGUGGGGAGAGAUGAGCACAGUACCCAACUGCAGAGGAAUUUCCAAAACCCACAUAACUCCUCUGUUCAUCUUGCAGCUUUCAUUUUUCAUAAUUAUGCCCUCUCUCCCUUUUUUAAAUUACAGUUCCAGGAAGCGGUUUUUAGUGGAAACAAGUUUGAACCAUUCUUGAGAAGUGUCAGUAAAGUACAGCCUCCGCCACCUAUUUUUGGCAAAGGGGAUGUCGGCCCUUUAGAAAAAACGUACCCAUCUGAUGCUAACAAAGAACGAGAAGACCAAGAUCCACCUGAUGGGAUGUCAUUGACAAAAGUGGCGAGUGGUCUGGACACUAAAUUAAUCAAGAGCAGCGGGGAGCUUUCUAUACUAAGGCUUAUAGAAAGAAAAAUGGAUUUAGAAGAGGAGGAUCAAAAACGUGGCAUGCAGGAUGAAAAGGCCUCGGAACCACUCGCUGUGACAUCGGGUUCUUCUGAGAAGACACUAGAAGAUAAACUAGCAGAACAAGCAGAAAUAAAACAGGUUGAAAUUUCCUUUGAGAAGUCUCUUGAAGACGUGCUUGCUGAUAAACUUGUAAAAGUCGUAGCAGUGUCGUCGAUUUUAAGCAAAAACCUUGAAAACAUCGUUGCGGAGGGACUCUCAGAAGCAAAGCUGUCUGAAACGCUGGAGGAUAGCAGUUUGCCAGGGGAUAAUAAAUGUCUACCUGAGGAAAGAAAGAUGUCUGGAGAGAAGGUUGCAGAACCAGAUGUAACAAAACUGACAGCUGCUGUAAGUCAAAAUUUGCAGGCUCAUCUUAUAGACAAAUUGUGUGAAGAGGGGAUAAUCACAGAUACAGAUCUACCUGAAAAAGACCAGAUAGUGUCUUUUCCAAUUACUGCUGAUUUGCUCAAGAGGAGGAAAAGCUUAUCCAGGGAAAGCAUGUCACAAACUGAAAUAACAACACUAAAAUCACUAAGUGAGCAUCCAUCAAGAACCACUAUCAAAGCUGAAUCCGUACAGCAUAGUAAAGAAAGUAGUAAGGAAACUAUUAAAGAAAGCAGUAAAGAAAGCGAGUUAGUAGUUACAGGGACAGGUUUAUCUGAAAGCAAAAUAGAUGGUGAUAGAGAGGCUGCUUCAUAUCCUAAAACUGACAGUAGUUCAGUUGAACAAACAAAUGCAAAGACAGACUUAAGAAAAGAACCCUCUAAACAGUCACUGGAAAUCAUUAGAGUAAUGUUACCUGUGAACACAGACACAGAUAACAUUAAGCAGCGACUUUCCAUUCACGAUGCUCUCCUAGAAAAAAUUUUAAAAGCAGAAAUAAGAAGUUUGAAAUCACUUUUAAGCAAAGAACACCAAGAUCACUUUAAAGAUCAACUUUCAGCAGCUGGAUUAAAGGGAGAAGACUUGAAAACAGUGUGCCGGAAGUUGUCCUUGGCUGUGAAAGGGGAUGACAGUGUUACACCAGAGAAGGCUGCGCUGCAAGAAUGGCAGAAUUCCUCUAGUGAGGGCCUUGCUAAAGAGACAUUGGCGGUAAAUGAAAGUAUUCAAAAUCUCUUUGAAGUGCUUUCAGAAAACGAAAUUGCCAACCUAAAGAAUGCAUUGAACAAAAAGAUUCAAGACCAUCUUUCAGACAGACUUUCAAAAAUAGGAAUGAUCACAGAGAGUGAGUUAAAGAGAAUACUUGGAAACUUGUUUCCAGUAGUGGAAAAACUAGCAAAGACUGAUGAAGGCUCAGACGAGCAAAGUACACAACUAGAUACUCAAAGCCUGCAUGACAGGUUUUCGGAGGAAGAACUACAAAAUCUAAAGUCUCUCUUGAGCAGACUUCUAAAUGAAGGCCACCGAGACAAACUUUCAGAUUCAGAAGUACAAGGUUUAACAUCAGUUUUAGAGAAAAGCUUUGAGGAUCUUCCCAUACAAAACAGUUCUGAAACUGGGAUAAGCCAAGAAGUUGAGAUAAAGGAUGAAUGCCGUACUAUAUCUCUGCCAGAUGUUGAGGAAAGUCAGAGAGUUAGUAAGACAGAUGUAUCUGAGAGAGGAAAAGUUCCUUCAAAGGAAAGUCUUCAUAAAAUUUCAACAGCGAGUGAAAAACACAAAAUAGAAAGAGAAGCUGUAGACCUUUCUGUAACAAGUCUUUUGGAAGUAGAAACAAGGAGCCAAGAAACUCAGACGAUGGGUCAGCCCAAAAAAGUGAAACAUAAAAAAGAAAGUCACAGGUUGCCGAAGUACAAUGAUAAUCUGAUCAUACCAAAUAUAACGAGAACAACAUUUGAUGUAGGAUUAAAAAGCAGGUCACCUGAGGAAACUUCGAAGAGAAUCUCUGAACCAUUUGCCACAUCUUUUUUGAGUGCGCGUGAUAUUGGCAUCCAAAGUGAAGCGAAAAAUUAUUUCUGCCACAAGCCCCCCAGUUUUAUUUCCAAGCCUCCCUUUCCGGUGAACCCUCAGACAUUUCUCUUUUUGCAUUCAGAAUCUGAGGAAGAUGCAAAGCCAGCAGUUAAACACCACCAGAAGGCAAAAAGGAAGAAAUCUGACAUAAAGAAGGAUAGUGGGUCACACCAGCAAGCAUCAAUAAGUACACAAACCAGGAGAGAAAGGGUGCCUACUGGAAGCACCUCUAAGGAGAUUUUAAAAGAAAAAUCCAAAAGGCACCCAUCAGUUUCUCCAAAAUUGAGCGCCACCGAAAACAGGAAGGAUUCCAAAGCAACAGCAUCCCCCAGCAGUACACGAAGGGAAAGCUUGAAGCAGAAAUCUGAGAAGAAGCGAGAUACGGAGGUUAAGCCCAAAAAAUCACUCACCAAGACUGCUGUCCUGUCUGAUCCACAGCUACAAAACCAUUCCAAAAAUAUUUCGGAAAAAUCAUCCACAACUAAAAUACCCGCUCCUGGGCGUACAAAAGGAAGCACAUUGGUAAGAACGUUAUUGACUCUGUACUUGAAGACCACAAAUAUUAUUUCUGAAGGCAGCACAUCUAGGACAAUAUAUGCUUUAAUGCAUUUAUUUUUUCCAAACAGAGCAAAUCAGAGCCAUGGAACUAGCGUUGCAAAUUAAAAUCAAAGCUCAACAUCUUGGAAAAACAGACUUCAAAACAGGGGCUCCUGUAUUAAAGACUUUAAUGCCAGGUGAUUUGACUACACCCAUGAGCCCAGUAAACCCAGUGCUUACUGGUUGCUUACACAGCCAGCCUGCUGAUUGCACUAAGCAAUGAUCCUUGGGCCAUGUAAAUGAUUGUUUUCAGAGACUGUACUGCUUUUCAGGAGUAGCAGUUGGGGUGGGGAGAGUUUUCUAACCCUUCUCUCCCUUGCCAGUCCUGAUAAAAGUCCCUACCCCACCCUGCACACAAAAAGCCCCUGCUAUUUGGCCUGGGAUGGAAGCUGUCAGUAGGAACUUAUUGGAAGAGGAUUUUCAUCAGGACCACAGCAUGUGCGAGAAAGCCGUAAACCCUUUCCCCGCACAGCGGUUGCAGUCCUGAUCAGUUGCUGUAUCAGAAUAGCACCACACAAAGCAAAGCAGUGUACAGUGGUACCUCGGGUUACAUACACUUCAGGUUACAUACGCUUCAGGUUACAGACUCCGCUAACCCAGAAAUAGUACCUCGGGUUAAGAACUUUGCUUCAGGAUGAGAACAGAAAUCACGCGGCAGCAGUGGGAGGCCCCAUUAGCUAAAGUGGUGCUUCAGGUUAAGAACAGUUUCAGGUUAAGAACGGACCUCCGGAACGAAUUAAGUAUGUAACCAGAGGUACCACUGUAAUGUGAAGCUUGGCCAUUUCUGCCCUUCUAAACCUGACACAGAGUACAUACACAUCCUUGGCCCCACGUUACCCUUAGCACCAUACUUUCUCUUCUUUUUUACUGCUUCUCAGCACACGGCGUUUGUUCCUUAAAUGUUAUUCCUUUGUUUGCAACAGUAUGUAUAAGCCACCCACUUACAAAAUUGAGGUGGUGUACAGCAGUAUGUAAAUAAAAGGGACGUGGGACGUAGGUGGCGCUGUGGGUUAAACCACAGAGCCUAGGACUUGCCGAUCAGAAGGUUGGCUGUUCGAAUCCCUGCGACGGGGUGAGCUCCCGUUGUUCGGUCCCUGCUCCUGCCAACCUAGCAGUUUGAAAGCAUAUCAAAGUGCAAGUAGAUAAAUAGGUACCGCUCCGGCAGGAAGGUAAACGGUGUUUCCGUGCGCUGCUCUGGUUUCGCCAGAAGCGGCUUAGUCAUGCUGGCCACAUGACCCGGAAGCUGUACGCCGGCUCCCUCGGCCAAUAAAGCGAGAUGAGCGCCACGACUGGACCUUAUGGUCAGGGGUCCCUUUACCUUUACAGCAAUAUGCACAGGUGCAGUAAAACACAAGAUGCCACAAAAGCAAUACACAUCAUCUUGCCUCUGCACGUUCUGCAUCUUUUGACCUCCCUUCCAACUCCAGUUCCCAGCCAUACCAGCAUCCCUACAGGCAAUGCAAUCCCCUGCCAACAGCAUCUAGGUCUCCGUCUCCAGGAAAGGUGGAGAACCUCUCUCUGCCCCGCUCUGCCCAAGGGCCAACUUUUCAGGUGGGUGGAGCAAUCCACCCAUCAGUCACACAAUGUCAGUAUGAGAUCAUGAUUGGAACGGGCAAGGUUCCAAGGCUGGGAACCACAGCACAAGGGGCGUUGCCACCGCUAUACUUUGCAAGCCUCCUCAUUCUCCUUUCCACCUUGGGUGUCAGAGGUGGGAAGAAGCACAGAGUCAUUUGUUGGGAAUCCAUAGCUUCCCUAUGCUUCCCCCUUUCCAUCUUUUUUCCACCUGCGAUGUCAGGGGGCUUUAAAGAAUAGCCCUGGGAGGGAGAAGUUUUUUCCAUGAGAUAAAAGCCACUUCCCCCUCCAUGGGCAAAGCAUGGUCCCACUGUUCCUUGGCUUCUGGGUGGGUGGAAGCUCACCUUCCAGCAAAAGUUGAGAGCUCACUUUAAGCUCCUGAUGGUUCCUUGAAGACCCACAUUUACCUGUUCCAUGCCCAAUGUCCUGUAUGACAUCAAGUUUGGCCUGCAGGUCACAGGUGUCCCCCCCCCCCCCGCUCUAGAACCUGUUUAGGGUUUCCCUAGGCAAACCAAGAAGGGAUGCGGGUGAUGCUGUGGGUUAAACCACAGAGCCUAGGGCUUGCUGAUCAUAAGGUCGGCGGUUCGAAUCCCCGCGAUGGGGUGAGCUCCCAUUGCUCGGUCCCUGCUCCUGCCAACCUAGCAGUUCGAAAGCACGUCAAAGUGCAAGUAGAUAAAUAGGUACCGCUCCGGCGGGAAGGUAAACCGCAUUUCCGUGCAUUGCUCUGGUUCACCAGAAGCGGCUUAGUCAUGCUGGCCACAUGACCCGGUAGCUGUACGCCGGCUCCCUUGGCCAAUAAAGCGAAAUGAGCGCCGCAACCCCAUAGUCGUCAGUGACUGGACCUUAUGGUCAGGUGUCCCUUUACCUUUAUCUUUUAGACAAACCAAGAACUUGCACCUGUGCAUUGCCAUCCGAGUGCUUAGAAUGUUUGGCGUAUCGGUCACAGCACUUCAGCCAAUUGCUAAUAUGGGGAAGGAAAUAGAACAGCAACCACUAGUAUUUAGCUGAUUAAUUAGAAGACAACAGAUACUAACCUGACCCAGAUAUUAACAGCGGCAUGAGUUCGUUAAAUGAAAUAAAGUAAGGCUUAGGCAUGCAAAGAGACAAGAGAACAGUGCAAAUUUGAUUGUUUGAUAAGCCAACCACUGAGCGCUGAUGAAUGAAAACUUUGUGUUGUAAUCCAGCAUUGUCAACAAGACUUCUCCUUGCCUAAUGGGACUUCUGCCCUCUCUCCUUUCUCCUGCGCCCCCUCUAAAUCAGCCAAUUUAUGGGUAGGGAAGAGGAGGAGAAGGGGAAGUGAGUGGGAUGCAGCUCACAUUGUUUUACAGUGAAGUUUGUCAUAAUUAUACACAUACAUAAAAUAACUCUUUGCUUUCAUUUUGAUAUUCAGAACAUUGCGGGCCCAGAUGAUAUCGACAUGGAAGCUUACAGGCAUCUUGAAAAAGCCGUAGAAAGAGCUCUUCUUGAUUUAGGAAGAGUCCCAGAAGGCAGCUCCAGCCAGGGAAGGCCAACUCCUGCUCCAAGUUCUACGACUCUCAUAAACAGAGAUUCACCCAGAUCCUAUCUCUCUGCUGUCGAGACGCCAAGAAAUCAAGCGGGUUCAAUAACGGAGAUGCUUAACAAUCAAGAACAGAUCUUAAAAAUGACACCCGAUCAACUGGAAGUUGUACUUAGGAUUCUCCAAAAUAUAUUGAGGCAGAACGCAAGACCCCCAAAUAAUGGAUGA